AUGUUGUUACGAAUGAGAGGUAAGAAAUUGGGUUAUAAGAGCAAGCCAAUUGACCAUAAAAGGGGUGGUCAUCCUCAUCAUCCUUGUGGUUUCUGUCAUUUGGGUUGUAAGUAUGGUAUUAAACAGGGCUCUGUUAAUAAUUGGUUUAGGGAUGCAGCAGCAAAUGGUUCCAAAUUUAUGCAGCAAGUUAGAGUUUUGCAAAUCAUCAACAAGAAAGGCAUUGCCUCUGGUAUUUUAUGUGAGGAUGUCGCCACUGGUGUCAAGUUCACUAUCACCGGUCCAAAGAAAUACGUUGUUGCUGCUGGUGCAUUGAAUACACCAAUUGUUUUAAACAAUUCUGGGUUUAAAAACAAGCACAUUGGUAAAAACUUAACUUUACAUCCAGUUUCCACUGUUUUUGGCGAUUUUGGUAAAGAAGUACAAGCUGACCAUUUCCACAAAUCUAUUAUGACGUCCCUUUGUUAUGAAGUUGCAGAUUUGGAUGGUAAAGGACAUGGCUGUAGAAUUGAAACCAUAUUGAAUGCUCCAUUCAUCCAAGCUUCGUUGUUACCAUGGAGGGGAAGUGAUGAAGUUAGACGAGACUUGUUACGUUAUAAUAACAUGGUUGCUAUGUUGCUCAUCACUCGUGACACCACAAGUGGAUCUGUUUCUGCUGAUCCUAAGAAACCGGAAGCGUUGAUCGUGGAUUAUGAUGUUAGCAAGUUUGACAAAAACGCAAUCUUGCAGGCAUUUUUGAUUACUUCUGAUAUGUUGUAUAUUGAAGGUGCUAAAAGAAUUCUCAGCCCACAAGCAUGGGUACCAAUUUUUGAAUCAAGCAAACCAAGGGAUGAACGAUCCAUUGAUGAUAAAGAUUAUGUUGAAUGGAGAGCAAAGGCUGCAAAAAUACCAUUUGAUUCCUAUGGUUCAGCCUAUGGUUCAGCUCAUCAAAUGUCUACUUGCCGUAUGUCUGGUAAAGGUCCCAAAUAUGGUGCUGUUGAUACUGAUGGUAGAUUGUUUGAAUGUUCUAAUGUAUAUGUUGCUGAUGCAAGUGUUUUGCCAACUGCAAGUGGUGCCAAUCCAAUGAUCACUACUAUGACAUUUGCGAGAAAUAUUGCUUUAGGAUUAGCUGAAGACUUGAAAUCCAAGGCUAAAUUGUAG